AUGAAACAAUUGAUAAAAUUAUCACCAUGGUUAAAACGACUAUAUUCAAUACAAGUACCAUUCCAAGAUGAUUUAGGAGCAAUGGAUUUAGAUGAUUUAAAUCUUGGAGAUUUUAAAUAUUACAAAGAACUGGAAUCAUUAACACAAUAUACAUCAUUAAAACAACCAAUUAUAUUCAUUUCAAAAUUAAAUAACCCAUUCACGAAUCUCGCAAUUGAAGAUUAUAUCUAUAAUGCCAUGCCAUUAUCACAUAACAGACUUAUGUUUUAUAUUAAUUCACCUUGUGUUGUAAUAGGAAAGAAUCAAAAUCCAUGGCAAGAAGUUAAUUUGCGAGUAUUGAAUGACUUGAAAAUACCAUUGUUGAGACGGUUUUCAGGUGGUGGAACGGUCGUUCAUGAUCUAGGGAAUGUGAAUUAUUCAUACAUGACAGAAAAGUCCAAAUUUAAUAGAUUUAAAUUCAACCAAUUAAUUAUAAAAAAUGUAAAUAGUCUACCUAAUAACAAAUUUGAAAUACAAUUGAAUGAAAGGGGUGAUAUUGUGACUACUGAUGGAUUUAAGGUAAGUGGGAGUGCUUUUAAGUUAUCUAAGGGGAAAAGUUAUCAUCACGGGACAUUUCUACUAAAUUCCAAACUAAAUGUCUUACGAAAUUUACUAAGUAGAGAUGAUGAAAUGGGAGUUGUUCAUAGUAAGAGUAUAGAUUCAGUCAAGUCUAAAGUUCAAAAUAUGGAAUUACAAACUGAGGAAUUUAUAGAGUCAGUUUGUAAUGGAUUCAUCGAUGAAUUUGAAACUGAUGAUGAUAGAGUUAGAGUGGUUGAGAUUGAUAAUGAUAUGAUCUUGCCUAAUGAAGUGUAUACAACAGUUGAGAAAUUAAAAUCAUGGGAUUGGAUAUUUGGACAUACGACUAAAUUCAGUCAUACUUUUACUAAAGAUGAUUUGGAAUUGGUCUUUCAUGUAGAUAAAGGGUUACUUAAACAAGUAGAUGUGAAUAAAACUGAAGACGAUUUUAAGUAUUUGAUUGAGUAUGUGAACAAUCAUGAUUUGAAAUAUACUGGAAGUAAUGUAGCUGGGUAUGUUACAAAUGAUGAGGUUAGUGAUUGGAUUGGUAGUUGUAUAGAUGGAACGAUAUAG